AUGGCUUCGUCGCCCUCGUCUCACCUUGUCAUACGCGACAUCCACAGUCUCCCCCAGAAAGACGCCCGCACCAUUCUCGAGCGCAUCACGCGUCUGGAGAAGCGCACCUUUCCGCCCUCCGAGGCGUUCGACUUCCACGCGGGCCUCUGGAAGAAAAAGCCCAACACCAGAGUCAUCUACGCGCAGACCACAGACCCCACCGCGUGCGGCUCUCCUGCCUCUGGGCCUACUGCUACUACUACUACUACCACUACGGCUGACAACAGCGCAACGGCGGCGGUGGUCGCCUACGCGGUGUACGUGCGCAUGAAGGGCACGGCGCUACUGCACAAAAUCUGCGUCGCGGAAGCGUACCGCGGGCGCGGCUUCGGCGGGCAGCUGAUGGCGUAUAUUCUGGAGCAGAGGCUGCCGCGGGAAGGGUGCCAGAGCGUGCAGCUGUGGGUAGAUAGGGAUCGCGCGGUGGCGAGGAGAUUAUACGCGCGGAGUGGGUUUGUGGAGUCGGAGAGUGUGGAGGAUUAUUAUGGGAAAGGGAGGACGGGGAUCAAAAUGAAUUCUGAAGAUGGGGCCGACGAGUGUGUCAUCUAUGGCCUGUCUGCGAUGCAAGGAUGGCGUAUCAGCAUGGAGGACGCCCACUCCGCUGUUCUAGACCUCGAAGCCAAAUACAUCACCAAGGACCAGCGGCCGACAGACCCUAGUAAACGAAUGUCUUUCUUUGGUGUCUAUGACGGUCAUGGAGGGGAUCAAAUGGCGCUGUAUGCCGGAUUUCACGUUCCGCGCAUUCUGGCCAGCCAGGAGGCAUUCGCACGCGGAGACGUAGAACAGGCACUAAAAGAUGGUUUCCUGGCGACAGAUAGAGCUAUUUUGGAAGGUAGGGCGCCUAAAUUUUAUGCUAUCCUGCAGCCAUUCCCCGCUAAUAGUGGCUUGAUGGCUCUAGAUCCCCACUACGAGGAAGAAGUCUCUGGCUGCACGGCUGCUGUUGCUGUGGUCUCCAGAGAAAAAAUCCGAGUCGCCAACGCCGGUGACUCUAGGACUGUAUUAGGUAUCAAAGGUCGUGCGAAACCGCUCUCAUUUGACCACAAACCUCAAAAUGAAGGAGAAAAAGCCAGAAUUAGCGCUGCUGGUGGCUAUGUCGACUUUGGCCGUGUCAAUGGCAACCUUGCCCUGUCGCGCGCACUCGGCGACUUUGAGUUUAAGAAAACUCCUGAGCUCUCGCCCGAGCAGCAGAUUGUGACCGCUUUUCCAGACGUUACGACUCAUGAAGUUACGGAGGAUGAUGAGUUUAUUGUUAUUGCAUGUGAUGGAAUCUGGGAUUGUCGAUCUUCCCAAGCCGUUAUUGAAUUCGUUCGACGUGGAAUUGUAGCCAGACAGCCUCUUGAUCGGAUUUGCGAGAAUCUUAUGGACAACUGUCUGGCCUCCAACAGUGAGACUGGUGGCGUUGGAUGCGAUAAUAUGACCAUGGUUAUCAUCGGACUCCUCCAAGGCAAAACCAAGGAUGAAUGGUACCAGAUGAUUGCCGAUCGGGUUGAAAAAGGCGAAGGACCCUGUGCCCCUCCUGAAUAUGCCCAGUUCCGUGGUCCAGGAUCCCGACACCAGUUUGACGAUAACUCGGAGGAAUACGACCCAGGUCUCGACACCCGACGAAGCAUUGGACGGAGUGGCAGAAUCAUUCUUCUAGGUGAUGGCACUGAGCUUUUAACUGAUAUGAGUAAUGACGAGAUGUUUGGCAACGAAGAAGAGAGCUCCGAAGAAGACUUUACUGAAUAUAAUGGAACUGCGCCCGACUCAGAGACCCCUCGGCAACAACGUGAAGGCACCCCGGCACCCCAGAUAAACCACACUCCUCAAAUCAAUGGCAACUCCACUCCCGAAAGAAACGAGCCGUCAACGAGAGCACCGAAUUCGUCUUCCUAG